CUGAUUCUGAUUCUGAUUCUGAUUCUGAAUCUCAAAUGAAAACGCAGCCUGAUGCUAUAGGACUGAUUCUACACAGAGAGUGUAGUAGUAUAGUAGGAUACGCAGCGUUUUGGCCCAACCCCAAACGACUACAGUGGAGAGGAAACGAUGAUGAUGACGACAGCGCGUAAAAUCAGCAGCUGGAGACGAAAAGGUGCUCUGGUUGCGCGGUUUGAAACGGUGGACACUAAAUGCCUGCCAGCACUGUACCCGGAGGCUCAUCCAAGCAUCUGAGACGGAUAUAAAAACCCAAAUGUCUCUAUCAUCAUCAUCUCCACUGUGUGAUUUUUAUUUUUUUAAGAGAUGCUGUGCCAUCCCUCCUCACAUCUUUUUUCCAGCUCGGUAAACUUUUACCAGAUAAUGAGUCCGAUUUGACCAACUAAAAAAAGUUAAUUCACUGGAAAAAAAUGUCCACGACGCACCUCCUCCUCAGCAGCUCGCCUGCGCCCAACCAGAGCUACCUCUCCACGGCCACUUACGAGAAGAAGACAGACUCGGAGAUGGAGGAGAGGCAGAUCCGCCUGCUGCUCUUCGGCUUGUGCGUAAUCCUCGCCGCGGCUACGUUCAUCGGAGGUGUGUACUCGCUGCUCUCUCUCAUCCGGAUGAGGAGAAAAAAAACCUCCCUGUGUCUUAUCGUUGCUUCCAUGUCGGUGGACGACCUGCUCAGUGUUGUCCCACUCUCCUUGUUCAUGCUCCUGCAGUGGGAGACAGAUGUUGGAGGUGGAGGUGGAGGUGGAGGCAUCCUGUGCGCUUUAUCCGGACUUCUCUACGUGUUCCAGGGGGUUUCCAGCAACAUGAAGGCUUGUCUCAUAGCAGCAUACACUUUUUAUGUCACCAAAAGGUUCGGAGUGCUCCAGUCUGUCCGCAGGCCUCUCAGAGUGAUGUGGUUCAUCGGCGGUGUGUGGACGCUCAGCCUGGCCGUCAGUGUGCUACCUUUUUGCGGAUGGGGCAGCUUUACGCAGGCCUCUCUCGGCUGUUUCCCAGAGAGUGACAGCUUUUACGCAUUGCUGCUUCUCUCUUUAUACUCCCUGUGCUUCUCCGGCUUGUUGUUCUUCUUCAUCUCCCUCACCUACCAGCUGCUGUGCUCCAGGGAGCCCCAGAGGACUUUGCUGUACACCCCAUGCAGCUAUGUGGAGAUGGCGAGAGGACUGAGCGGUGGUGGUGAUGGUGGUGAUCUUCUCCCUUCCUCCUCUUUUUCCCGGGACAGCCUGAACAAAAGUUUCGGUGCCUACAACGAGCUGAGUCCAAGCUCCUGCGGGACGACGGAGCUCAGGGACAAAGAGGACAGCUGUCUGUCUCCGGUGUCCGUCAGCGGACAGCAGAGGAGGACAGCUGCUGCUGUAGGGGACACACCGGUGGUGUUUGCGCAAAAGCGCUUCUCCAUGAUCCUGGCGUUGGUCCGAGUUGUUUUAUGGAUGCCAAUGAUGACUUUGGUGCUGGUGCGCCACAUCGUGAGCGCACGCAGCUCGUCCCUUGAGGCGCUGAGCUUCUUUCUCACUCUGCUUGCCCCCGCGGUCACUCCAUUAUUCGUGCUGUCUGAGCGCUGGAUCCACAUGCCAUGUGGCUGUUUCAUUAACUGCAAACGGGAUCCAACGGAGGAACCCUCAGCAAUGAAAAGAAGAUUUGAGUUCAACCUUUCUCUCCAGCAAGGCUAUGGAGUUUACAAGUUGUCCCACGCCACCACGUCUCAUGACAGUCCACCCCUUGAGAAGCCGGCUUAUCACAGCCUCUUUAACUGUGAUUUCCCUAACGCCAGGCUUGAUGCACUGGAAAGUGGUGGGCUCUCCGGCCUGGGGCCUGAUUUUGAUUUCAGCACCCCCUGUCCCGUGGACAGCUCCUCUCAAGCUGACCUUCCAUUGGAGGCCGGUGGAGGAGAGGCGAGGGCCGAUUGCCCUCCACUCCCUCACAAGGACCACGGAGAUGACGACAACUUCCGCUGCGUCCCUUCGCUUUCCUCUCAUCUCCAGGAUCAUGAUCAUCUCAAUCUCACUGACACGUCAUCUGUGUUCGAGGGCCCAGAGAGGAGGCUGUCGCACGAGGACUGUCGGAAAAUCGAGCUGACAGACUGGGAGUGGUGCAGGAGCAAAUCAGAGAGAACCCCCAGACAGCGGUCAGCAGGUGGUCUGUCAAUCCCCCUGUGUGCCUUUCAGGGCACCGUGUCUCUGCAUUCCCCCACGGGGAAGACCCUCUCUCUCUCCACCUACGAGGUCAGCAGCGAUGGACUCAAGAUCUCCCCCAACUAUGCCAAGAAGGUGGAAGUGUAUCGUUCCAAAUCAGUCGGCCACGAGCCCAGCGCAGACGACCCAGCGUCAGGAGGCCAUGCUGGAGAUGUGACCGUCGGCGGCGUGGGGAUGGGCAUGGAGAUCGGCGUGGGGAUGGCCGGCAUUGGGGACACCAAUGUCAAGAUCCACCUCGAGGUUUUGGAGAUCUGCGACAACGAGGAGGCCAUGGACAGCGUCUCCAUCAUCUCCAACAUCAGCCAGUCGUCCACCCACACCCGCUCGCCAUCGCUGCGCUACUCUCGAAGGGAAAACCGCUUUGUCUCCUGCGACUUGGGCGAGACGGCCUCCUACUCUCUGCUCAUCCCCAGCGCCGGCAACCCAGAGGCGGAGACCAUCAAUAUCACUAUACCUGACACUGUGGAGGCCCACCGACGGAACAGCCGACGGCAGACGCAGGAGAGCUCGGGGUACCGCGAGGAAAUACAGCUGCUCAAUGAGGCUUACAGAAAGCAAACUGGGGAGAGGGAAGACUGACAUAGCCUUCAUACAGGAUGACAAAAACGUGUCUCUCAGGAGGAGGAAGAGGAGGAGGUUGAAAGAGCCCAACUGACAGCAAAGGAUUACAGACAAAUUUCCUAAUCAUUCCAUAUUUACUUCUUUCUGAUCACCACUCUAGGUCAGAGAUUCUCAAUCUUUUUUCAGCAAAGGACCCCUUACAAGAUAGAGAAAAUACCGGGGACCCCCUCCUGUAUGUAUCUUGGAAUAGUUUGACACAGCCUGUUUUUCACACUUCUAUAGUCUUAGUUAUGGGAAAGAACAACACGAGUAAUGUAUUAAAAAGGUAUUAGACAUGUAUUAAACAUAUAUUUGCAGAUUCUAAGAGGUACAGAUUUGUUAGAUUAGAACGUAAUCUAUGAACUAUUAUACCAACCCAGUCGCCAGAAAAAAUGUUGAUGCGAUUGUGCGUUUCUGCAAACCACAGGUUACGUUGAUUGUCAACGUUUUGUGAACCCAAAAAACGUUUCAUUAUUACGUUUCAUAUAAGCCUCAUAUCUCGCUUGCAGAAAUGCAAAAUGAAAUGAUAGGUGGUUAAUGUCGUGAAAUGAUUGGUUAGGUUUAAGCAACAAAAUUACUUCGUUAUGGUUUGUGGUAAAAUAAGAACCUAACAACCGUAAUAACCAUAACAACGUAACUACAUAAAUAAAUAACAAAGCCCUUACAACGAUGCGUAGACGGUAUGUUAAACAACGGUACGUAAAACAACGGUACGUAAAACAGCGAUACGUAAAACAACGGUACGUAAAACAGCGGUACGUAACAAGUGCAACGUCGACGUUUACUUUUGGAUUCACACGGGACAUUAACAGCGGCCUCCUGGGUGAACGUGUAGAUUCAAAAAUUAUAAUAUUAUUCGUUGAACUAUAAAGCCUUUUGUAAGAAAAAAAAAGAAAAAAAGAAAAAAAGAUAUAAUCAUUUAAAUUAAUGAAUCUGAAAACUUUUCACGGACCUCCUGGCAGAGUGCCACAGACCACUUGGGGUCCCCGGACCCCACGCUCUAGGUGACCCAAAUAGAGACUUAGCUCAAGACUGUUAUAGCAGUCUGUUGUGCUUCCUCCUCAGAUAGCAUCACGAAAGCACAUACUGUACAUCACCUGUGUGUAGAGUACAGAGACAGAUUAGCAGUGAAAGGAAGAGAAGUGGUUGUGAAUUGGGGUAAACAAGAGUGUGAGAGAAAGGAAGGAAAAGGUAGGAGAGAGAAACAGUAUUCCAGCAGAGCAUCUGUAUCCCUGGCACCAUAUGGCAUCCUUUCACGGAUCUAAAAUAGAUACAGAUUCACUUCGACGUGGAAAAGGAGGGGCCAAGGUCUGUAGUCACACGUCUGAUAUGAAGCCGUUCCCGUAGACUACGUCACCGGUGACUCAGCGGUGAGGGGAGGGGUCACCUGACCCAUGUGUCUGACUCAUCCCGGUGUGUGUUGUUGUGCAUUUUUUGGUGUGUGAGAGGUAGCCUCGCCGGUAAGGAUGAGGGUAUGAGAGUAACGGUUUGUGACGUCAGCUACCAAAAGUAUUCACAUGUUUCCUUUAUAUGAAUGUGUUUAUUCUGUAUAAUAUUUCUUGGUGUGUUUUCCUUUGCGUCCAGGUGCUAUGUCCAUCAUGUAUUCACACAAUUAACGUUACUACUAUCAAAUGAAAGAGACAGACAGGGAGAGCACUAUAAAAAGGAAAGGAGAGGAGGAAGAGUGCAAGUGAUUAUUGAAGAAGAGGUCGAGGGGGAUACUUAUGCAGAGCAGUUUUCUAGCCUCAUGCACAUUUAGUGCAAUUUAACUGAGUGACAGUGUGAAUAUUUUACUACAGUAGGCAGCAUAUGAAUGUACAUUUCAGUGCCACUCUGGGGGAUCAUCUCUCUGCUGGCUCAGUUCACUACCCAUCCAAUCAGCGAGCCACUGGGGCCUCUCACUUUCUGUUGAAUACAUGCAUACAUUAAGGACUGGGAUAAAAUGCUCAGAUAUGUAGGCCUAUUUCAGUACUGUUUUUGAAUGGUGACAUGGACUGUCAGAAGCAUAUAAAUCGUUAUUCUUUUUCACAGAUAAUACCCAUUACUUAUGUACAUUUACAUGUACAUGUGUGUGUAUAUAAUUGCAGUAAAAUAGGCUAUUUAAUAUAUAUAUAUAUAUAUAUUUAUUUAAGUUUGUUUCAUGAUGGUGUCUUUUAAAUGUCAGCCGUUUGGUUACUUGAACACAACACUUUGUGGACUUCAUUUGCAUUUGCUUUUUGAAUUGUCCUUCAGCGAGUCAUGUUCCAUCCUCCUGAAGAAUGUCGCCAUUAAAGAUUCAUACCAUAAAAUUGCCUCUAACUGGAUUGCAAUGUCUCCCGCGGGCGAAAAAAAAGAAAAAAAUAAUGUACAGGUGUAUGAAUCAUAAGGUAUGUAUAGUUGUGUUCAAUGUCAAUCAUUUUCAGCUGUUAAUGGUGCCAAAGGUUUUCAGCUUGAGAGCGCAGCUUCAUCUUCGCAGCCUAACAGAGUGGAAGUGACUCGAUCAUCUGCUCAUUCUCACUUUCAAACAGUUCAGCUUCUGGUCAAGCGUUCUCAUAAAUCCAUGUGAUCAAUAAAACUGUCAUUUGCUUUGUUUGUGAGAAAUUGAGAGUUGUAUAUUAUAGCUGUACAAGAGCUUGUUUGCUCAGUCGUGCCAACCAUCUGGACUGAUUCUGCAACACAAACUACUCAAAAUGGGAUUCUUCAUUGCAGAUUAAAUAAAUAGAGUGCAAUAAUGAACUGUA